AUGUCGCUUAUCUCGGACGAACCACCACGGGCAAUUCCCUCUCUGAAGCUGUCUGAAGGGUUAGGUAUGAAGGUCCCGGCUGCCGCUAACACGAGCUUCAAUAACACUACUGCGGCCGUCGCAGACAUCCCUCACCACAGCACAUCCCCUGUGCUCAUGAUCGGCGAUAAUGUUCUUGCCGUCGUUGCGCGUAUAGUGAAAUGGCUCGAGACUGCCCUUCUAGCCUUGAACGUGGUGCGACUCAUCGCAUUUUCGAGCACUCUCUUUGAGGUGAAUGACUUCCUAUGCGGCUCCCUUUCUACGGUCGAUGGUGAUACCCCUCCUGACCUCAGCCCUGCUCUGCUGGCACAGCGCUCCAUGCUAAACCUCCGCCAGCUCGGCCCCGCCGGCGGCGCCGGAGAACUUCAAUCGGACACCCGACGGCCCUCCCGCUUCUCCGUGAAUUUGAGAGUGCCCUCGGAUUUUCUCAGGAAUAUCGGGGAGCCUCUAGACCACGGACAGUCGGAGAAUGUCCAGGAAGACGAAGACGACGACGACGACGCUGUCGAUGUCACAGGAGAAUGGCACUGCGGAUCCGAAGAGGGUUCUGUGCAACAGGUGAAUUGGCAGUCCUGCAUCGGCCUCGUAGACGCAAACGACAUGGCUUCGCUAAACAAGAACUACCUGACGCAAGAACUACGAGACUAUCUGACGGUGAACUAUGUCGAAUGCUCACUCGUGUGUCUCGCGAUCUAUGAAUUCGUCAUAACUUUCAACCAGGAAAUCAAAGUCGUGUGGAAGAGAAAGUUCACGGCGACCUCGCUGCUGCUGCUAGGCCUCCGCUGGGUCAUGCUUCCGUACCCGAUCCUCGCAGUCUUGCCCGCGAAACAAGCGGCCACCUGGCGUAACGAUCUGUCCCUUUUCCUCGCCAUUCUCGCUCUGACGAGCCGCUUGUUCUCCGCGCUGCGCGUGUACGCGCUCUGGCACGAGUCGCGGAUGAAGCACCUCUUCUUCGCCUUCGUGCUCACUUUCGGCCUCGCCGUCCCGAUCGGGACGAACUUUUGGUCCCUGGCACGCACCGCGGUCGCGCCCGAGGACCUCGUGCUGCUCUCCGUCUGCAACGCGUUCAUCGACGUCCCACAGAGGCUCGACAAACAGAGUACGUCGAUAUACCUCGCGCGGGGCUGCGCGAUCGCGGCGGACGCCGCGGUGCUCGUGCUGACGUGGGUCAAGUCGUUCGGACACUUCCGCGAGAUGCGCCGGCUCAAGCUGCGCUCGUCGAUCACGGCGAUCCUGCUCCGGGACGGCACCGUUUAUUUCAUGACGCUCCUGGUCCUGAACAUCCUCCAGGUCCGGCUGACGCUCAAAUCAAACAGCGACGUCUUCGAGGAAAUCUACACCGCCCUACAACUCAUGCCCGCGCUGCUCGCACAGCGCUUCAUGCUCAACCUCCGCCUGCAGCGACGCGCCGGCGCCGUCGGAGAAGGCAGCAGCAGCGCCAGCUCGUCGGACUUUGCGCACCACCACCACCCGUCCCGCUUCUCGGCGAACCUCAAGAUGCCUUCUGACUUCCUCGGGAACAUCGGCGAGCCGCUCGGCGACGGGCUGGAGGAGGAGAGGGAGCAGGUGCAAGGGGAGGAUGGCGGCAACCGUGGCGAAGGGUGCUGUCUGGGAGGAGGAGGAGGAGGAGGAGGAGGAGGAGAACAGCACGUCGGAGGGCUGGAGACGUCGCGGCGGUGUGCCGGCGCUGUGCAGGAAAGCCCGGUGGCGCAGUGCGGCGGUGGCGCGCAGCGAGAUGGGUCGGCGUGUUAG